AUGGCACAAUGUACGGAUAUUCCAGAUAAGCAGGACAAUGACAACGUGCUCAGGCUUGUGACUUUCAAUGUAAACGCCAUAGGUACCUUUUUCCACUACGAUCCUUUUUCUAGGAUGAAUAAUAGUUUACUUGACGUAUUUGAUUAUUUGAAAGCUGAUAUUAUUACAUUUCAAGAGAUGAAGAUAGAUCAAAGAUCUAUAACCAAGUGGGGUAAAAUCAACUCAUUCUAUUCAUUUAUAUCUAUCCCAAGAUCGAAGAAAGGCUACUCUGGUGUGGGUUGCUGGAUAAGAAUACCACCGGAGGAUCACCCACUGCAUCACAAAUUAAAAGUGCUUAAAGCAGAGGAAGGUAUAACAGGGGCUCUUAGUGUCAAAAUAUCAAGAGAUAAAACUGUAAAAUAUAGAGAUGAUCCAACCGUUGGCAUUGGUGGGUACGAAAUGAUAGACGAAAACGAAGCGUUACACAUCGAUUCAGAGGGACGGUGUGUAAUGGUAGAGUUAGCGUGUAAUCUUGUAGUCAUCUCUGUCUAUUGUCCUGCGAACUCUGGUUUGACCGAUGAGGGUGAAUUAUUCAGGUUAAAAUUCCUGAGGCUUCUUUUCAAAAGAGUGAGAAACCUGGAAGCUCUCGGCAAAAGGACUGUUCUUAUGGGUGAUCUAAAUGUAUGUCGUGAUCUGAUUGACCAAGCCGCUGGCCUAGAGGAUUCCUCAAUAAAACUUGGUCCAACUGAUACAGGAAGUGCAAUCGAGAAGCAGUAUCCUCUAGAGGCUAAAGAAUUUAUCAUGAAUCCCGAUGUUCCACAUAGAAGACUAAUGAAUCAUAUGUUAACCGAUUCAAUAAUUCCUGAACUGGCAAAAGACGGCAUUCUAGUCGACUCAACAAGAUAUAUACAAGGAAGAGAACGACUUAAAAUGUAUACUGUAUGGAAUUCAUUAAAAAAUUAUAGGCCAAACAAUUUUGGCUCUAGGGUGGAUUUUAUCUUAAUAAGUGACCAUAUAAAAAAAUUAUUAGUGGAUGGAAACAUACUUCCAGAUGUUAUGGGCUCCGAUCAUUGUCCAAUCUAUGCAGACCUUGAUAUUAGCUCCCUUAAUAGUAGCUGCGGCCCUUCUGGCAAUGUAAAUAUCCCCAAAUUCGAGUGCAGAUACAAAUAUGAUUUACUAAAUCACAAUGUGUUGGCAAUGUUUUCAAAAAUGUCAAGUACUCAUUCAUCAGAAAACCUAGCAUUGUCAAAAAAGGUUACAAAACCUAGAAAAGUUCCAAGGAGUAAGUCAAUCGACAAGUUUUUUGAACGGUCAAUUCCAGACUCUUCUGUCAUUGAUAAACCUACAAUUCACGAGGAAGUGAUUCAACCACCGAAGCCACUCACUACCUCAAAGGUAAAAAGAGAAACGCUAUCAUUCAAAGACAUUUUUGGUAAACCUCCAUUGUGCAAGCAUGGUGAAGAGGCUAUUCUGAAAACAUCCAGAACAGCCGCAAAUCCUGGCAAAAGAUUUUGGGCGUGUCAUCGACCACAAGGGGAUUCAAAUAAUAAAGGCGGUUCAUGCGGGUUCUUCCAGUGGGUAUAA